UCUCCGUUGUCGCCGCCGAUCAUCUCGACACUUACUCCUCAUCUGGCGCCGAGUUUCCCAGUCCUUGUUUGAGAUCAGACCGUGGGAUUCCAGGCUCCCGGAUCUCCUCCCACUUCACUUCACUUUAAUCUGUCGCUCGCUUUUUCUUCUUCUUUGUUAUUCUUCAAUUUUCCUGGCCAAGCGGCCCUUCCCAACAGGCUUCCAUAUUUACUCCGCUUUACGGCAAUUUCAGUACAUAGCCACCGCAACAGACUCAGUACAUUGACCGCACAGAAACAUCUGUGAUCAUGGCUCUAGGGCCAAUUCGAUAUCUCCUAUUCGCCGUCACCGGACUGGCACUUUUCUUCCUGAUAUCGAGAAGCGCGAUACCGAUCCCGGAGCAGAUCGGUUCGAAACUCACCUACGGUUCUUCCUCAUCCUCAUCCUCCUCGUCAUACUCCCAGAGCGAUGCUGCCGCUGCGUAUGCAUCCAACAAAGUCGUUCCCCCCGCCGAUCGCGUCAACGCAACCUUCGUGACCUUGGCUCGGAACAGUGAUCUUUGGGAAAUGGUCAAGUCGAUCCGCACCGUGGAGGAUCGAUUCAACCGCAAUUAUCACUACGAUUGGGUCUUCCUGAACGACAAGCCCUUUGAAGAUGAGUUCAUCAAGGUCACAUCUGCGCUGGUCUCUGGAGAGACUCACUAUGGCGUGAUUCCUCAGGAGCAUUGGUCAUACCCCGAGUGGAUCGACCAGGAGAAAGCGAAGAAGGUGCGACAGGAGAUGGGCGAAAAGAAGAUCAUUUACGGUGACUCUGAAAGUUAUCGCCACAUGUGCCGCUACGAGUCGGGCUUCUUCUUCCGCCACCCGCUGAUGCUGAACUAUGAAUACUACUGGCGCGUGGAGCCCAGCAUCGAGCUCUUCUGCGAUGUCCCGCUCGACCCUUUCCGUUUCAUGAAGGAGAACAACAAAAAAUACAGCUUUACCCUUAGUCUUUACGAAUACUAUGACACGAUUCCUAGCCUAUGGGGCACCACCCAGCAAUUCAUGGGAGCACACCCGGAACAUGUCUCGAGCGACAACUCAAUGGAUUUCUUGAGUGAUGACGGCGGCAAGACCUACAACAAAUGCCAUUUCUGGUCAAACUUCGAGGUCGGAAGCCUGGAAUGGCUGAGAUCGAAGGCAUACAUUGAUUACUUCGAGACUCUGGACCACGCCGGUGGUUUCUUUUACGAGCGCUGGGGUGACGCGCCGGUCCAUUCCAUUGCUGCCGGUCUGCUCCUGGACAAGAAACAGAUUCACUUCUGGGAUGAGAUUGGCUAUUAUCACGUGCCAUUCACUCACUGUCCUACCGAGGAGAAGAAGAGACUGGAUCUGAAAUGCUCCUGCAACCCUGCAGAAAACUUCGAUUGGAAGGGUUACUCCUGCACGUCUCGGUUCUUCCAAAUCAAUAACAUGGACAAGCCGAAGGGCUACGAGGAUCAGAGUUGACUCCGUGUGAUCGGAGGAUUCGUGAUCUUGGCAACUGUUAUUUGUGGUAUUGUUGUUGUACUGAACAGAAAUAGCCGGGUGCUGGUGGUCCACAGAGCAGGUCUUCUAGUGGACCACGUAAAUACUGGCUGGGAAUCUGUGCGGAAAUGGAGAAACGCCUACUAAGCAGGGCUUCCCACUGCAUUCUUCGGCCUCGGAUUUGGGUACUUUGAGUGCUCGCAGACUAACCAACCCUCUCAUUAUUCCUCCCUCU